UUUUAUAGAUAAUAAAACAUACGAGUAGUCUCUGUACCUUUGUGGAAAAGUGCCUGACAGUUGUAAGCAAAAUCAAAUUCUAUCUUUCCAGAUGAAUAGCUAAUAUGAAGACAACUAUCGUACUUAUUGCAGUCUGUGGCCUUUUGGAGGCUGGCCAAUACGAUUAUGGUGUGUUUGAGAAUUUCCAAUUGACCCAAGAACUCUUUCGGAGCGAAGUGGCCGGCCUGAACUUGAUCAAAGACAUUCUGGAAAGGCUCAAAGAGAUCCAGCUCAAGCUAGAGGGACAAAUCGUGAGUAAAAACGCUUUUCAGACUCUACGUACCUAUAAGAAGACGCUGCGAGAACUUACACGGAGUCAGCCCAUCGAAAAUGAUUUCAUCACUUCUGCCAAAGGUCUAUUGAUGAUUUUGGACACUUACAACGUUUCAAAGGAUUGCCUGACGAAGAAGGAAUUCGUCUAUUCAGACCCUCAUAGAGGUCGAGUCUCCUUGAAGACACAUGCCACAUUUGAACCUCAUGAUUUGAUGACUUUGGCGGAUGAGGCAACCCAGAUUGGCUGGUUCAGUCAUGCCAUUGACUUGACGAAAAGCGCCUACGCGAACCUCAAUGUCAAAAGCCUUCAAAAAGACCAGAAGCAAGUCAUGGAAGAUUUCAAAUCAAGACUCGUGAGGACACAUAAUAAUAUUUUGCGGUCCAAGAAACGGUUGGUUGGAGAGGGCUACAAAGUGUUGCCAUAUUUGGUAACUGACGAUCUAAAAAGGAAGCCAACCCAGCCCAAAUUCGUGAAGAAAUUGGAUCCCUCCAAGAGGGAACAUAAGUUUGAGGCCAACGAGCAACUGGAUAUCAAUGAAGAUAUCUUUCGGCGAAUAUGCCGCGGUCAAAUCGUCGGUCAAGCUGUCAAAAAUCAAACCAAAUAUCAAAAAUGUCAUUGGCUCCACCAGAAUAAUCCAUACUUGCGAUUGAACCCAUUCAAAAUCGAAAUCCUCUUAAAUGAUCCAUUCAGGAUGAUCUUCCAUGAAAUUCUCAAUGAGGAAGAGAUGAACUGGCUCAUCCAGUACUCCACUCCCAAUCUUUCCCAGGCACGUAAAGUCUCAAAGACCAAUUUGGAGGUCAAUAGAGUUGGCCUUCCAGAAGAACAGAAGCGCAAAAUUGUCCACAAAACAGUCCAAUGCUGGAUUGACGAUGUUAUCUACAACGAAGAGGCCAAUUUAAAAAAGAACAAAGACGGAAUCUUCGAGGUUCAACCUUAUUUGGGAGAUCAAUAUGCCCACGUAAUCUUCAACCAGACCCUUCACAAGUUAUCUAAGAAGAUCCAAAUGGCCACCAACAUGAUCAUCACCCAACGAUGGAGCUCCACAAAGUAUCAAGUGACCAAUUAUGGCCUUGGUGGUCUUUGCGAGACACACGUAGAUCCAUUUGGAAUCUGGGAAGGCGCUGAAGUUCACGAGGAAAUGAAAGAGAUCCACUCCACUGGUGACAUGUUUGCAACAUUUAUGGCUUGGCUUGGUAACGUUCCUGGGGGAGGUUACACCGCCUUCAAUCACGAAGGCUACGAACAAGCUGUCGUACCCGUAAGGGGCUCAGCUGCCUUCUGGUUCAAUUUAAGGUCAGAUAUGAAGCGCGAACCGCGUUCUUCCCAUGGAGGAUGCCCGGUAUUGGCAGGAUCAAAGUGGAUUCUCAACAAAUGGAUCAUGGCCAAUGACCAGUUUCAUAAUUUCAAAUGCACUCAAGAGAAAAAUGUCACUUACCCACCUUAUAAAGAUUUUUAUUAAAACUCCCUCCACUUUGACAGAGAAAUGAAAUUGCAUUGAAUGUGAUGGUUUAACCUU